CAUUCUGCAAAGCCCCGGGGUCCGCGCGUUUUCGACCCCCUCUAGCAAGUUAUGCGCGCACAGUGAACGUGCCUACGAUGAAGCAGUAUACUAUUCUUUUUUUCGACAAUGUUCCCCAUUCCUUUCUCCCUCUCUCUCUCUCUCUCUCUUCGUCUAACCUCUCAACCUCCUGCACCCCGUCCGUCCUUGUGCUCCCCAUCCAUCGAACGUACCCCUCGAAUCCUAGCUCCACUGCCCCUUUUAUUCUACUACCCGGACAAGAUGUCCCCGCGUGAAACGAAACGUGGUCGAGAGCAGAGAUUCUCCCAAAUAAGACGACGAGGGAGGAGGAUCGAAACGAGAAUGAUCAAAUGUACGGGGGAGAUAUAAAAAAAGACAAUUUCCAAAUGAUUAAAAAAAAAGAAAGAAAGAAGUCAGUUCGCAAACGCGAUAAACUUUAAUUCAUAUUAUUCAAAAUUAAUUUAAAUGAUUUCAAAAACGACGAUGCAUUCUAAGACGCAGUAAUAUAAUUUUGAAAAAAGUGAGAAUAAUUAUUAAUAUUUGUGAAAAAACUAAGAGUUGAGAAAAAAUCAUCGGUUUCUUGACUCAUUCGAUUUCAUAUGGACCCCAUUCGUAUGUGUAUAUGUGAGCAUAUUUAGAAGCGUUUCACGACGUCCCUUUCAGCCCUUCGUCAUCAUAUGAACAAAACUGCUGCAGUACUCUACGCCUUACUACUACUGAACUUCGUAAUGAACUUCUUUUGUCUUUGUUCACCCUCUCUUUCUCCUUUUGUCCUUUUUAUCCCUCUUUCACGCGCUUUCCCCCCUCUCCACUACCGACUACUUUACUCAUCGACUACCAUCCAUUCAUUCCUCACUUUCCAACCAAACCAAAACCUUCUCCUUCCAUUUCGUUACACUUUUACCUUUAUUCCCUUAUCCCCUUCCUUUUCUUUUGUAAAUUUAAUUAUUCUAUAGUUUAAACGUAAAUGUUCAUAGAAUUGUUUAAAAAUUAAGAUACAAAUACGAUUAAAGAAAACAUUUUCGAUUCAAUGCUAUAACAAUGAAUGUCGCAGAGGUGUUUCGAGUGUGGUACACAUAAUCCACAAUGGGCUUCAGUUACAUAUGGCAUCUGGAUAUGCCUUGAAUGUUCAGGAAAGCACAGAGGACUUGGAGUUCAUUUAUCAUUCGUACGAUCCAUUUCUAUGGACAAAUGGAAAGAAAUAGAAUUAGAAAAAAUGAAAGUUGGCGGUAAUAAACUAGCACGAGAGUUCUUCGAAGCCCAACCUGAUUGGGAUAACUCUAUGCCCAUUUCUCAAAAAUAUAAUACCAAAGCAGCUGCAUUGUACAGGGAUAAGAUUGCUACAUUGGCGCAAGGAAAUUCUUGGAGUCCUACUGAAUCCAAAGUAACUGUAUUUCAAUCCCAACAACAAUCGGAACAACAAGAUCAAUCUGCUUAUCAAAACGAUAUAACUGCCAGUUAUCAGAACGCUAAUUCCCCUGCCAUUAAAGCUCAAACUGAAUCUUUUUUUGCUAGAAGACAAAGCGAAAAUGCUAAUCGUCCAGAAAAUAUACCGCCCAAUCAAGGAGGUAAAUACAGCGGAUUUGGUUUUCAAAUGGAAGCGCCUCCUAAGAGUAUGUCUCAAGAAUUCUUUGACAAUGCUGUAUCAUCUUUAAGCAGUGGUUGGCAAUUAUUUUCUUCUAAUGCGUCCAAAAUAGCGUCUAAAGCUACUGAGAAUGCCAUUAAAAUUGGAGAACUUGCAGCGUCCAAGGUGGGAGAUUUGGGAAGGAAAGGUUGGGGCGAUAUCGGUGGUAUGAAUACAGCAGAACAAAGUCAAUAUAGCAUCGGAGAACACUAUCAAAACUCACCAAAUGCUUACCAAAAUAAUAUGGACAAACAAUCAAGUUCUAAUGAAAAAUCAUCUUUAAUAACUAGCCCUAGCGCAAAGAGUCCUACUACUUAUCCAAGUUUAGAUAAUUCUAACUGGAAUUGGGGCGAUGAAUCAGAACAAUCAAACGAUACAUCAAUGAAUGUAAACUUCCCUUCAGGAAGUUAAAAAUAGGAAGUUAAUAGCACUUUGAAAGUGUCAUUUAUUUCUAUCUUCUAUGCAGAUUAAUGGAAUUAUGAAUCUACAAAUAAUUUC